UUUCCGUUCUUUUCGGUUCUCGCCGCUGUACGGUCUCCAGCGCCGAGCGCCCGUCGCCAUGCCUCGGAAAAUUGAGGAAAUCAAGGACUUCCUGCUCACGGCCCUGCGAAAGGAUGCCAAAUCUGUCAAGAUCAAGAACAAGGAAAAUGUGAAGUUCAAGGUUCGCUGCAGCAGGUACCUUUAUACCCUGGUCAUCACAGACAAGGAGAAAGCCGAGAAGUUGAAACAGUCCCUGCCCCUUGGCUUGACAGUAAAGGAGCUGAAAUGA